AUGGAAACGAGAUGUCUCCUCCGCGCCUCCCAGCGCCUCAAACUCCCACCCUCUCUCCGCCUCCUCUCCCAGCCCCGAUUCUACAGCUCCCACAAACCCCCACCCCAACAGGUAAAUCCCAUAGGGGACUACUACGCCUUAAUCCUCGAAUCCUCGACCCCUGAAACCACAAGUCUACGGCCGACCACAGCUUCCCCCUCUACUACACCCCCGAUCUCUACGACAGCUGAAGAUGCCGAUUCCGAGCCCAGCAUUGUGUUUUCCUCUCGGUUAUCUUCGCCGUUGGAACGGAGGUCAGAGAUAAAGAAGCAGAGUGUGUUAAUAGCUGGCGUAUGGGUCCCGCCACGGCCAGACGAGCCGGAUAACUGCUGCAUGAGCGGAUGUGUGAACUGCGUCUGGGACCGCUACGGGGAGGAGCUUGAGGAGUGGGCUGUGGCAAAGAAAAAAGCCGAUGCCGCAAUGAGGAAUGGCAAGGGUUUUGAGAAAGAGGAGAGGAGGAGGAUGUCGGCAGGGUUAAGUGGAACGGGCACCAUGUUGGAGGAGGCAGAUAAAAGCGCACAUCAUACAGCUGUGUGUAUGGAUGAUGACGGAGGCGGCAGCGAGACCAAUUGGGGGACGGGACUGGAGACUGAUUUCACGACCGAGGGCUUGCUUAUGGGUGUGCCGGUAGGGAUCCGGGAGUUUAUGAAGCAGGAGAAGAGGUUGAAGGAGAGGCAUGCUAGGGAAGGGACUAGGGGAUGA